AUGAUUUCUUUCACGCAGGCUGAGGGAUCUUCUGAUUUAUUGGCAAUUCUGCUAUUACUUGAGGACUUAGAUCAGGAUGAUGUGGAUUUGAACGGCUUUUCCUCCCCUUCCUCUGUUGUGCAGGCAUGUUCUCAGGAGGUUGAAGCACCUAGACCUCAGUCACCAUUUUUUGACUCAAUAUCGUAUAUAUGUUGUGUUUUGUCUUUGUCACCCAUGUCAUUUGAUCCUGCAGCACCUAGUUCUGAGUUUUUGAGUUUCUCCCUGUCGCCUGAUAUUGGGGCCCAUGACAAAUGUUUUGUAGAUCAAUUACAUGCAUUAGUUAAACAUGGAAGACAAUGUCCCUUAACUAUCACAAUUUUUCUGGCUAUCUGGCUAUGUGAAAAGAGCCGUUACAAAUUCAUUCAAGCUAGUCGAUGUAUUUCCCGUGGGAACGAAGUUUGUACUGAAAGAGAUAUUAAAAUUUUUCUAUACAGAAAACAAACAAAAGAUCAGUUUGCAAGAGAUGAUCCAGCUUUCUUAGUUCUACUGAGUGUUUGGCUAAUAGUCUCCAGAAUUCCCUAUGUAACUAAGUGGUGGCAUAUCAAGGACAGGAGAAGGGCAUACAAAAAAAAAGCAUCUGCAAGAUACAGCAUCAGUUGGUCUCUCAGUACUUGCCUGGUGUUGCUUACAUCUGUAGCAGUGAGGAGCAAAGAUGUUGGGUUGCUAUGCUCAUGUUGUAAUGUUUUAAGGUUUUUCAGUAAUCAUUACCUCCGAAAAUCAACGUGCCAGGAAUUGGAUGUUGAGUGGGGCUAUGCUUUUGAUGUUCAUUUAAAUGCUUUUUUUCCACUUCUGAUCAUUCUACAUUUUUUUCAGCUUUUCUUCUAUCAUGUCCUUAUCAGGCAUGACUGGUUCAUAUCAAGACUUUUUGGAAACACAUUAUGGUUUAUUGCUGUAGGCUACUACAUCUAUAUCACAUUCCUGGGUUACAGUGCUCUGCCAAUCUUGAAGAAAACACGUUUGUUCCUUUAUCCAAUGACAGUUACAUUCUUCUUAUAUCUAUUGACCCUCAUUUGUGGAUGGAAUUUAUGUCACUUGUUGAUCAACUUCUACCACUAUAGAGUUAUGUGAAUGGAUAGAAAAGAUGUGAUGUCAGAGAUUAAAAGACACAGUGUGUGGAUUAUCAAUAUAUUUGUUCAGUAUAAAAUAUUAGAGUACCUACAGUAGAGAUAAUAUUAUGUUCUAUUUGUCUUAUUUUUGGUGUGAUCAAAUUUCAAAGUGAUGCAAAACAGAUAAUGGUUCUUUUUUUAACUUGUAGACACAACAUUCUACAAGACGUUCAAGAUAAGGAUUAAGCAGGAUUUUAUUUUUUAGAUGUCCCUGCCUUUCUAACAUAUAAAAUUAUGUAAGAAUAUUAUAUGUACACUGAUAACUGUAUGAUGUUUCACACUUUAAAUAAACAAAUCUACUCCCUUAUUUCACAAUAAAUUUUGGGCAUAUACUUGUAAAGGCACAAGAAUUUUAGGACUUUUGACAAAAAUUUUAGUGUUUUUGAGAGUGCUCUUUUGAAGUAUGCUGUUUACUCUUGCAGUGAACAUAGUAUUCAAUAUAACAUAUGCUUAAAAAUAUCCAAUAGCCAAACUAACUUAAACUCCAUUUAUUUUAUUUUUUGGGUGGGGGUGACUUUGAAGGGUUAAUGUUUUUUUCAUCAUAAUUCUUUUUGAAAUGCUUAGAGUUUUUUAACCUGUGGUUAAAAUAUACAUCUUUGUCAGUUUGUAAAUAUAUGUUACACAUUGUAUUGAAAGAAAAGAAGAUUUAUGUUAACUAAGUGUACCUACAUCAUUUUAGGUAUUAUUUUCCAUCUUUUGUAAUGAAAAAAAAAUCUAAAUUAACCCAUGAAAUGGAGCUUCCCUCUACAAACAUCAUAUUAUCAUAAAAAUUGAUUAACUUGUGCAGUCA